AGCAAUUGAAUCGUAUUCGUCAGCUGUGGUAGGCUGUUUACGACGGGCAAGAAGAGAAAAGAUAGGAUAUUUGCUUUUCUUAUUGUUGUACAAGCCUGAUCGCUAGGGAAAGCAUAGCCUACCUCAACUCUGAGCAAACCACUGCAUGCUACUACUGAUUAACUAUAGUCAUGACGAGAGAACUCAAAACCUGGGCCUUCUGGAGGGCCGUUCUGGCCGAGCUGCUGGGCAUGACUCUUUUCAUAUUCGUUGGUAUUUCAGCUGCAGUCGGGGACAAAGACACCGGGCCACAGCAAGAAGUGAAGGUCGCAUUAGCCUUCGGUCUGGCCAUUGCCACCCUGGCUCAGAGCUUGUGUCAUGUAAGCGGGGCCCACCUCAAUCCAGCGAUUACCCUGGCUACGCUCAUUAGCUGUCAGAUAAGCGUGUUCCGAGCUGUGUUCUACAUUCUGGCGCAGAUGCUUGGGGCAGUCUUUGCCAGCGGCAUUGUGUAUGGAGUGAGACCGAACACCACAGAUUCCCUUGGAGUUAACAAGCUAAAUGGUGUUGCUGUGGCUCAAGGCUUCGGUAUAGAAUUCCUGGCAACCUUUCAGCUGGUCCUGUGCUUCAUAGCAACCACAGAUAAAAGGCGGUCUGAUGUCACAGGCUCCGCCCCCCUGGCAAUUGGUCUUUCAGUGGGUCUGGGUCAUCUUGCAGCAAUGCGCUACACCGGAUGUGGAAUUAACCCUGCUCGUUCCUUUGGCCCAGCGGUCGUUAUGAGAGCCUUUGAAAACCACUGGGUGUACUGGAUAGGCCCUAUCAGCGGGGGCCUGGUAGCUGCCCUUGUCUAUGACUACCUCCUCCACCCCAAACUGGGUGACCUCACCGAGCGCCUGAAGGUUCUGUGUUAUGGCUCCGAGGAUGCUCCUGCACAAGAACCACUGCUUGAAGGUUGUAGUGCUGCCCAGUGGACCAAAGGGUGAAUGUAUUUGAAGACCAGAUGGCAUCAUGGGAAGAAAUAUAAAUGCAAUGCUUUGGGCUUCCUCCUGAAUGUAUUAAAAUUGCAUUGGCUAAGCUACGGUUUUUUUUCUGCUCAACCAAAUAAACUGCCAUUGGUGUCAAUGAAAUUUA